CGAGCCGCACCCACUCCGUAUCUGCACAACUCGCUGCAGCCACCGUCAUCAUCUCCAUGCGCGCUCCUUGUGCAGUGCCCAGCAGCAAGAAAAAAAAAUAACAUGGCACACCCAGCCAGCUUGUUGAAAGGGGCCUUGGCCCCCUGGCCAGUCAUAUAAGAUGGACGGCCCUCCCAGCCUGUUCCGAUCGUCUGGAUCCUCUCGCCCAGCUCUCACCAGCCCAACCAGCAAGCAGGACACCUCCCAAGCAUCAUGAAGUUCAGCUUGAUCACCGCCGCCCUCGGGCUGGCCGCCUCCGGAGUCCAGGCCGUCGACUGGAACUUCCUCCAAAAGUCCGGCUUCAACUACGGCGCCACCGACAACAAUGGCCGUUGCCGCACCUACGACGACUUCCGCAACCUCAUGACCCGUGCCCGCAACCUUCCCAACGCCCCGGGCCCCUUCAAGCAGGCCACCGCCCGCCUCUACACCUCCAUCCAGUGCGGCACCGCAAACACUCCCAUCUCCGCCUUCCAGGCCGCCAUGGACACAAAUACCCCGAUCCUCAUCGGCCUCUGGGCCUCGGGCGGCCGUGCCGGCUACGAGAACGAGCUCAACGCGCUCCUCGCCGCCGAGAGGCAGUGGGGCAACCGCUUCACAGACCUCAUCAUGGGCAUCAGCGUCGGCUCCGAGGACCUCUACCGCUCCUCCCCGCAAGGUGUCGCCAACAACGCCGGCGUCGGCGCCACCGGCGCCGAGAUUGAGGGCUACAUUGGCUGGCUCCGCGACUGGAUCCGCGGCACGCGGCUCCAGAACAAGCCCAUCGGCCACGUCGACACUUACACGGCCUGGGAGCUUCCUGAGAACCAGGGCGUCGCCCGCGCCGUCGACUGGCUCGGCCACAACGGCUUCCCUUACUGGGAGAGCAACAAGGCCAACAGCAUCGCCAACGCCCGCGCCAACUGGGACGCCGGCAUCGCCGUCACCAACCGCAUCGCCAACGGCAAGCGCGUCUGGGUCACCGAGACCGGCUGGCCGCACAAGGGCCCCAACUCUGGCGCCGCCGUCGCCAGCAUCGACAACGCACGCAAGUACUGGCUCGACGUCGGCUGCCACCAGUUUGGCUUCCGCAACGUCUUCUGGUACACCCUCGUCGACGCAAACGUCGACCAGGCCGGCAUCUCGUUUGGCCUCACACCGCUCAACUCCGCGACGCCGUUCUACUCACUCCAGUGCCCGGCUUGAAGAACAGAAACAAGUACGGACAAGCAAAUAUUCACAUGGGGAAAAGAGAAAGGAAAAGGCGUUUUUGACAUUUUGGCAGCCAAAGGCAAACGUGCCCUAAAAGUGGGCAAUGACUAUAGAACUUUAUCAUGACACAAAGAAAUAGUAGGACAUAUCUAUACAUAUGUAUAAUACAUAUUCAUAAUCGAUGAUAUACAACAUCGUCCAAGUUUCA